AUGGACGUUAACAGCAGCGGCCGCCCGGACCUCUACGGGCACCUCCGCUCAGUCCUCCUGCCAGAGGUAGGGCUGCCGGACCUGAGCCCCGACGGCGCCGGCCCGGUCGCGAGCUCCUGGGCGCCGCACCUGCUGCGCGGGGUCCCCGAGGUGACCGCCAGCCCGGUGCCCACCUGGGACGGGCCCCCGGACAAUGCCUCCGGCUGCGGGGAGCAGAUCAACUACGGCAGAGUCGAGAAAGUUGUGAUCGGCUCCAUCCUGACGCUCAUCACGCUGCUGACGAUCGCCGGCAACUGCCUGGUGGUGAUUUCGGUGUGCUUCGUCAAGAAGCUCCGCCAGCCCUCCAACUACCUGAUCGUGUCCCUGGCGCUGGCCGACCUCUCGGUGGCCGUGGCGGUCAUGCCCUUUGUCAGCGUCACUGACCUUAUCGGGGGCAAGUGGAUCUUCGGCCACUUCUUCUGCAACGUCUUCAUCGCCAUGGACGUCAUGUGCUGCACGGCCUCAAUCAUGACCCUGUGCGUGAUCAGCAUCGACAGGUACCUCGGGAUCACGAGGCCGCUCACGUACCCUGUGCGGCAGAAUGGGAAAUGCAUGGCCAAGAUGAUCCUCUCCGUCUGGCUUCUCUCCGCCUCCAUCACGUUACCCCCGCUCUUCGGAUGGGCACAGAACGUCAACGACGACAAGGUGUGCCUGAUCAGCCAGGAUUUCGGCUACACGAUUUACUCCACCGCGGUGGCGUUCUACAUCCCCAUGUCGGUCAUGCUCUUCAUGUACUACCAGAUCUACAAGGCCGCCCGCAAGAGCGCCGCAAAACACAAGUUCCCCGGCUUCCCGCGCCACCCGGAGCCCGACAGCAUCAUCUCCCUGAACGGCAUGGUGAAGCUGCAGAAGGAGGUGGAGGAGUGCGCCAACCUUUCGAGACUCCUCAAACACGAGAGGAAAAACAUCUCCAUCUUUAAGAGGGAGCAGAAAGCAGCCACCACCCUGGGGAUCAUCGUCGGGGCCUUCACCGUGUGCUGGCUGCCCUUCUUCCUCCUCUCGACCGCCAGGCCCUUCAUCUGCGGCACCUCCUGCAGCUGCAUCCCGCUGUGGGUGGAGAGGACCUUUCUCUGGCUGGGCUAUGCAAACUCUCUCAUUAACCCUUUUAUAUAUGCCUUCUUCAACCGGGACCUGCGGACCACCUACCGCAGCCUGCUCCAGUGCCAGUAUCGGAAUAUCAACCGCAAACUCUCGGCCGCGGGCAUGCACGAGGCCCUGAAGCUGGCGGAGAGGCCCGACAGAGGCGAGUUUGUGCUGUAAGACAAAAGUCUGACUGCUGUAGAAAAAAAAGCCAUGAUUCAUGAUCAAAAGCAAAAUCAUGGAGACGAACAAAACACGGCAAGACAGAGGUGGAAACAGAACGAAAUCAUGUGCUGAGACUUUGAAACGCUGCUUCCGGGUUUCCUUGGGCUGGUUCAAACGUGGCGAGCAGGGCGUUCUGGUGUACACGCGUAUCAUGAGGGCGCUGGUGACCUCUCCUUGUUUGUUGCCUGUGGAUCAGUGCUACUGUGUGCAAAUGAAAGCAGUUCUCAGUUUAAGACAGGCAGACCAGCUCAGCAGCAACCUCCCGAACUGAGCUGAGCUCCAGAAAGGAAACAGUUUCUGGUGCUUUACGAAUGUCCAAGUCCAUGCAAGUCCGAGCCUGGGCAUUGCGGUGGAUAUUCAGGAAUCCGUUCACGAGAGAGAGAGAGUUAAUUUUGUUGUAGGACAGAUGGGUGUUUUUCCAAGCUCACUGCAGUAAGCAUAGUGUUGACUAUGUUGCAUGUCCCGUGUUAGAAAACAGAAUCCCGUCAUCAGCUCAUACAAAUGAUUUCCCAGAGCAGUGUCUGUUUUAAGCUUCUGUCAAACCGUUUGGCUUUUCCGCAGGGCCCCUGUGACUUGCCCACGGCGCACUUUCUUUGUUAACUGGCUUACUGUUACGGUCUAACUCAGGAACAGAUCUCAGGACGGAGAGCGUCAGAAAACCCGAAUAAAGCUUUUUCUUGUGCUCACACUCCCUCCGAGGGGUCCUGAGAGGCGAGGGGACUCCUUCCAUGAGGACUUGUUACCUGUCCGCACUGGAUGUUAACAUGGGUGUUGGCACGGAACCUGAACUUUGGACUCUCAUUACACGCUGGUGCCAUGGGCCCAAGGCUGGCCCAUAGCUGUGCUUUUUGGGCGGAAGUGAGGGAGUGAUGGGGUUUCCGUGAAAGGUUGUGAUGCAUCUGGAAAUGGAGCAUCAAUAUGUUAAUUCUCGUUGAGCUGCCUUGUGUUAAAACUGGAUUGUGUGAGUCAGGGGUCACCUGGGACACUCACUAUUGGUAAAGGCUCCGAUUUGUUUUGUGUUCUCUGUAUCUUAAAUCGAAUGUGUGCCUGGCCGAUUCUGUUUCCCCCCCUACAGUGGUAAGCACUAUGGGCAGACAGCAGAACAGAAAAGGUCCCUUUGUGGGGAGUAUGUUUUUGUAAUGGAACUGUAACAUUAGGCGCGAAGGAGAUAGGAAGACAGUAGAUCAGAAGAGUCCCUCGAAGGAGAAGAAAUAAAUAUAGACCUUCAUUUGGUAAAAAGAGAACUGCAAGAGAAUAUUAUUUUCCUACCAUAAAUGUAGCUGUUUCCUCCCAGAAUAAUGUGGAAUUCCAGCGUGGAUUAUGGAUUUCUUCCAACUCUCAUUGACAUUGCUUCUUGCCAGACACAGGGAAGGGCCUGCCUUUCCUGAAAGGGGAGGUGGGGCCUGUCCUUUCAGACCAAGCUGUACAAAUUCCUGAGCCGCACAUUUGCUCAAGUGACUGUAUAUACUUAUAUUCAUAAUUUAAAUGAUUAAUU